AAGAAAUAUUCCAAACCAUAACACCGACAUAAAAGUGAGUUUCUCCGCGAGUGGGAAGACAAUACAUCAUCGAUUUCUCAGACCUUCUUCUGUGGCCGAGAGCACGAGCACGAGCACGAACACAGCAAUCCUACAUUUAUUUGGGUCGUGGACACCGGCAAAUUAUCUCCUCGAUCCUUCCGCUCUUACGACGUCUCUGACCCCCAUUCCUUCUUCGUUAUCAGUCUUUAUCACAUUUUGGGAAAUGUCUGGAGACGUGGCGCAGGGAUCGCCGCGUAAGGAAAGGCAGGAAGAUAAGACGGAUCCGGGCGCUAGCAGGCACGGGAACUUCAUGAAUUAUUACCAAUUCCAUCCUGCGGAAGAGCGCGUGCGACAACUUCCGUGUGGCGUGUGGCGGUCGGCCCAUCCGGACCGGAAAUACGUAGGCCUAGACGUCGGUUGUAACGCGGGGGAUUUAACAUACGUGUUGUACGACUUCCUCGAGAACACCUUAUCGGUCGAUCGAGGUCUACCCAAGGAGAUCUGUUUGCUCGGCAUAGACCUCGAUCCGAUCCUAAUCGAGCGGGCACGGGAACGCAAUCCACGGCCGGAUCGUAUUAUUUUUGAAUGCCUCGAUUUCUUGGCGGAAGAUUGUAAUCGAACACUGGACGAAUAUCUUCGUCGAUUGGAAAGGGCACGCUUCGACGUCGUGUUUUGUUUUUCAAUUACCAUGUGGAUCCACUUGAAUCACGGAGACGAAGGGCUGACAGAAUUUUUGCGGAAAGCUUGUUCGAUCACGGACAUGAUCGUGAUCGAACCGCAACAUUGGAAAUGUUACAGAAACGCGUCGAGAAGGCUCCGACGAUCGAAAGGGGAAGACUUUCCAUUAUUGCAAACGUUGAGGCUCACUGGCGAUCCAGCGGCGCACAUUGAACGCAUAUUGACUGAAUCUUGCAAUUUUCGAAGAAUCACGGUUACCGAGAACAACGAGUGGAAACGGAGACUAUUAAUUUAUGCGAGAACGUGAGCCAUCACUCUCACUCCAGAGAUUGAUGGGAUUCCGUGCUGUAUGUUAA